AAUUUAUCGAGAAAAAAGACCAAAAAAUGUCCAAAGACGAGAUUUUAAAGUUGGGCCGCGAAGAGUUUUUCAAAUCGGUAAAAAUGGAAUACCGACCAUAUUUUGAGCCAUAUGAGACACCUGAAUCCGUGUAUCCCGACGGCAGCAUCAACAUCGACUGCACCUGCCUCCAUUCUGCUCUUGCUCAUCGAUGUGGAUAUUUGAUAAGAGAUGCUUUAGUAUGCUUCAACGCUUCGAAAACCACACCACGCGGCUUGGACUGUGAGAAGGAAUUUGUGGCUCACGCAAUUUGUACAGAAGAGGCGAAUAACAAAUCCUAAGCUGUAUUAUUCCUUAUUUUGAAUCUGUAAUAAACUUUGCAAUCCUCUU